CUCAAGCGACACCACCGAUGAUGCACCAGUCCACUUUACUCAAGGGGCUCCCCUGGUUGGCGGUUGCAGCCCUGGCCGUGGAUUAUCCCACUCUGCCUAAUGACCUGACCACCCCGUACCAGCAGCGUCUGGCGAUCAUGGGGCCUACAUCGGUCUCAAUUGGGUGGAACACCUAUGAGAAGCUGAACUCAAGCUGUGUCGAAUACGGCACCUCCAGCAAUGACUUGAGCCAGCAGGUCUGCUCGACCAAGUCGACAACCUAUGCCACCUCGCGCACGUAUUCCAACGCCGUGACUUUGACAGGCCUCACGCCGGCUACCACGUACUACUACCAGAUUGUGUCGGGCAAUUCGACGACCCCCUUCAGUUUCGACGUGGUGAUCGACCUGGGGGUGUACGGGGCUGACGGCUACACCAUCUCCAGCGACUCCUCCACGAGCAAGCGCGAGACGCCGUACGUUGAGCCCGACCUCAACCACACCACCAUCGGACGAAUGGCCGCCACCUUCGACGACUACGAGCUCGUCAUUCACCCGGGUGACUUCGCCUACGCAGACGACUGGUAUCUGAAGCUGAAGAACCUGCUGGACGGCAAGGACGCCUAUCAAGCCAUCCUGGAGCAGUUCUACGACCAGCUCGCUCCCAUCGCCGCCGGCAAGCCCUACAUGGUCAGUCCGGGCAACCACGAAGCCGACUGCGACGAGCUGUCGCUGCUCAUCGAUCUCUGCCCGGAGGGGCAACGCAACUUCACCGACUUCAUGCACCGGUUUGACGAGACGAUGCCGUCGGCCUUCGCCUCGUCCUCCACCAACACGACUGCGCAAAGCCUGGCCGCGACCGCGCGCACGCUUUCCAACCCCCCGUUCUGGUACUCCUUCGAGUACGGCAUGGUGCACUUCACCAUGAUCGACACCGAGACUGACUUCACCGACGCCCCAGACGGCCCGGACGGCUCCGCCGGGCUGGACGGCGGGCCUUUCGGCCAGUCCCAGCAGCAGCUGGAGUUCCUGGAAGCGGACCUGGCCAGUGUCGACCGCAGCGUGACCCCGUGGGUGAUCGUGGCGGGGCACCGACCGUGGUAUUCGACGGGCAGCUCGAGCAACAUCUGCGACGCGUGCCAGGAGGCCUUCGAGGAUCUCCUGUACAAGUACGGGGUGGACCUGGGGGUGUUCGGCCACGUGCACAACUCGCAGCGCUUCCAGCCCGUCUACAACGGCACCGCCGAUGCCAACGGGCUGAAUGACCCGGCGGCGCCCAUGUACAUUGUCGCCGGGGGAGCGGGCAAUAUCGAGGGCUUGAGCUCGGUCGGAUCCGAGCCCGCGUACACGGCGUUUGUCUACGCCGAUGACUACAGUUACAGUACCGUGCGGGUGCUGAACGAGACGCAUCUGCAGGUGGACUUCAUUCGAUCCGAGACGGGUGCGGUUCUGGACUCCAGUGUGCUGUACAAGAGUCAUAGGGAGCAGUUCGUGGUGCAGUAG